AUGACCCACUCAGCAGCUGGCUCCCAUGAGCCCUGGAUAUCAUUACGGCACAGGAACCUGGCAGCUUGGGCCCUUGCAGCCAAGCAGCAGAAGAGCAGCAGGCAGACCAGCAGUUUAUUGCAUGAAAGAUCAUCAUUCUCAUGUUAUGUUUUCAUCACCUUCUUGUUCCCCACAAAAAAUUUCCAAAAUCCAUAUGCAUUGGGAACUGCAAAUUCUUGGCAGGUUUUGGUUCCUAUAGUAAGCAAUGCAGCUUCCCUGGCAGGAAGUACCUGCAACUUCUCCACAGUCUCUGCUUCAGCUGUUAGCUCUGCCUGGCUCUUACCAUCAGCCUCUGGCACCCCUUUUCAACCACUUAUGGGUAGUGCCUAUCCUUAUCAACAAAUUAACACAGGAAUGCUGUCUGGAGUGUCUGGCAAGAACCAGACUUUCAAUUCAACUGCUUCCUACCCCACUAUUAUUCAGUGGGAUAUUACUGGAAGUGCUCAAAAGAAGUCCUCUACCCCUGGAGGCUUCACUAUGACUGUCACUGACCAAAACACAGCUGUCUCUUCCAUGUCAGUAGCAGCUCAGUACCCUAACAUCUCACAUACCACCAGCACAGUACCUCUGUACACAUACCCGACCUUUUCAGGCAGACUUGUCAAGAGGACACCACCUCAGGGUCCACAUCACACUCAGAGCCUAGUGAGUCCCUACCAGGAAGGAAGCCAGGUGCAUUAUUAUAGUCAGGACACCCUGAGAGGUCUCUUGUCUGAAGAACUUGGUCCCUUUGUGCAGUUCUAUGACUCCAUGUCAUAUACAGGAGGUAGGGGCUCUGCCCUCCAAACUUACAACUCAACCCCUGAAAUGGCCAUGGUACUAAAGGAGGUCCAGCCCCCAAAUGCCUUAGCGCUGGCCUCCACUGCUGAAUUCUACAACUCUGCGUCUGCUCAGUGUAGACCAGCUCAGUCCUUCUCAGAGAAUGCACCUCAAGCAACUCUGAAGAAACCAACUAGCCCGCCUAUUGCUCCACCUGAAACAUCUAGACCUGCUCCAGGUCAAGCAACAUUCUCUUCUCUCCAGAGGGACCCUCGCAUUCAACCUGUGACCAAGGGCCAGUCACCACCCAAGAGUCAAAAUCCGUUUUUACUUAAAGAUUUUAGUGCCCAACGAAUUCCCUGGAGAGAGCCAAAUGUACCAGAACCAGUGAUAUCAACACCUAUCACCGAUGAGCAAAGGCCUGAGCGUGAGGCAAUGAAAAAGAAGGCUCAGUGGGAGAGGUAUAAUGCUUCCAAGUACACAUCGAUAGGGAAAGUGCGAUUUUUCCCUCAGAGAGAAAGAGACAUCAACAUAUCUCUCUACUAUGGAUAUAAAGGUGUUGACUAG